AGCCUUUAGGUUUCACCGUGGCUCGCUUGACAUUACGCGCACUUCAAUGCCAACUUUCUCCGAGCGCACAGGCGCACUGUUCACUGCCAAACACGGCUGUGUCGAGAGGACUUGGAGCUGCAGCCGCCUCCGAGCAAACAUUUAUUUAUUUGUUUGUUUGUUUGUUUGUUUUUCUUAACCACAACACAGAUCAGGAGAUUUGGGAGGUUUUACGCACAGCGGCUGGUGACUUGCAUCUACUUUGAUCCAGCGCACACUUUGGAGAAAAAUCUCGACGAGUUGGAGUGUUUCGCGGCGGUCCUGUUGUCAACACAAUGUGGGGGAUGCAGAGGACGCGGUACGCAGACUGCAACGGCUCCGAGGCCAGCGAGGAGCCGGAGAUCGUUGUGAACAUCGGCGGAGUGAAACAGGUGUUAUACGGGGACGUGUUGAAUCGCUACCCGGACACCCGGCUGGCAGAGCUGGUGGACUGCUCACUUAAAUCCUCUGAAGAAAUGUCUUCACUGUGUGACGACUAUGACCCUGACACCGGAGAGUUUUAUUUUGACAGGGACCCCGAGGCCUUUAAAUGUAUAAUCGAGUUGUAUUAUUAUGGAGAGAUUCACAUGAAAAGGGGCAUCUGCCCGAUUUGUUUCAUGAAGGAGAUGGAGUUCUGGAAAAUCGACUCCGAUUUCCUGGAUGAAUGCUGCAAAUACGCCCUGAAGGAGGUGGAGGAUGAACUUGCGGAGAUCGCGGAGAAAGUGAGAACUAUCCUGGUGGACCGAGAGGGAGAUCCGUCCGCAGCUGGCUGGCAGCGCUUCCAGAUGUGCCUCUGGAGGCUGAUGGAGAAGCCGGAGUCCUCGCUGCCUGCGCACAUCAUCGCUAUAGUUUCCUUCAUCUUCAUCCUCGUCUCCUCCGUGGUGAUGUGCGUGGGGACCAUCCCCGACCUGCAGGUGGAGGACUCGGAGGGUAACCUCUCGGAGCACCCGACUCUGGAGGUCAUCGAGACCCUGUGCAUCGGCUGGUUUACGAUCGAGUACCUGCUGCGUCUCAUCUCCUCCCCGAAUAAAGUCAAAUUCGUCCUGGCUUUCAUGAACAUCGUCGACUUCAUGGCGAUCAUGCCCUUCUUCGUGGUGCUCAUUCUGACCUCCUUCGGCGCGGGAGUGAUGGAGCUGGCGAACGUGCAGCAGGCGGUGCAGGCUUUACGCAUAAUGCGCAUUGCGCGCAUUUUCAAGCUGGCACGACAUUCCUCCGGACUCCAGACCCUCACAUCUGCCCUGAAGAGCAGCUUCAAAGAGCUCGGGCUGCUCCUCAUGUACAUGGGCGUGGGGGUCUUCCUUUUCUCCGCGCUGGGCUACACCAUGGAGCAGAACCACCCGGACACGCUGUUCACCAGCAUCCCACAGUCGUUCUGGUGGGCUGUGAUCACCAUGACCACGGUGGGCUAUGGAGACGUCUACCCCAAGACCACUUUAGGUCGAUGUAACGCAGCCAUCAGCUUCCUGUGCGGGGUGAUCGCCAUAGCGCUGCCCAUACACCCCAUCAUCAACAAUUUCGUGCUGUUCUACAACAAGCAACAGGUGCUGGAGACUGCGGCCAAGCACGAGAUCGAGCUGAUGGCGCUGCGCUCCGCAGACGGUGCGCAGGAGGCUGCGCCCGGUGCACACAAACACGUCUGCGGCGCAGGGGUGUGGGACAACGCCAUGCGUUCCUGUCACAGCGACACAUACAUCCCCUUACUGAAGGAUCCCAGGGGAGCGGCGGGGAUCCAGACCCCCAGCAUGGACACGAGCUUUGAGAGCACAGCUGAGGCCACUGAAUAUUUCAUCUCAUAAACACUGAAGACCAGAGGGGGAAAAAAGACAAACUACAUCAAGUUAAUUACCCAUUUCUGACUUGUUCAAACAGUCCAGGAUUCUAGAUGAUGGAGACAUCCUUGUAAAUAGCCUCAUAGAGAGGAAAGGACCGCAGUAGAGCUCCCCAGGGACCUGCUGUAAGGCAAUUGUUGGAAACGCGCCCAUUAAAAAGGAACAUGUGUGUGUGAGAUAUUGACUUGAUGAGCUGUGCCUUUGCGCAGUAACUCCCUACAGGCCGAGGGGGGGGGUCUGUUUGAACAGCAAGUACACUGAUUUCCCCGUGUAGGCUUCUUAUAUAACAACCCCCCCAUCCCCAGUCCCCACACUCACACUGUAGACUGCACUGUAGCUUACUCAUCUGUACAGAAAUAUAUCAUAAAAGGUGUUUCUUUUUAAAAAACAAACAACAAAAAAACUCAUUUUAAAAAAGGAGAAAAAGAGGAAUGUAGCCACCCCACGAGGCAAACACAGCAAACUAAAAGGACAACUGCUGGUGUUUCAUAUGACGCUCAAUGAAAUCUUUUAAAAACAUCUACAGACAUUAAAUGUGAGGGGAAUGUAAAGGCAACAUGUCAUCAGGUGCAUUUCUGUGAUCUCCUUGGCAUCAAGUGUAAUUGUGUGUAACUGACACUGUUUGAUCGUGAGGUAAUGUAUAAAAAAAAAAAAGAAAAAAAAAGAAAAAACAUACAAACCCCCCCUCUCCUGGGAUCAGAGAGGGUCUUGUAACCGACACCGAGACCUCUGAAGCUUCCCCGGCUGCAGGACGCGUUCCCAUAAUGGGUUUAAAUUUUGCAGCAGCCGUCACCACUCUGCUUCUCUCACUCCCCCCUCCACCCCUCCACCCCACCCCGGAGGUUCAGUCAGUGGGAAUGACUUGACUACCAAGUGGAGGAAGGAGCAACAGGCAUGAGGUUAAAAAAAAAAAAAAAAAAAAUCAUCCCACUGGUAGAGCUACUCCACUUGAAAGAUUUUUUUCUUUUUCAGGGUGUAGGCCAGUUACCCCGAAGACCUGAGUGGAGGAGAGGAACUGUGAUGAAAACUUAAAUAAAAAGUGUAAUAAA